AUGAGUCAAGCACUAGCAAGAAAGAUAUCAUUCUCAUGGGAAAAGAAACCAGGUAUCUCCAAGGAAAGUUUUAGUACUCAUGGUGAAAAUUUAAUUCAAAGAGAGAAGGAUCUUUUGGCUAAGUUGCCACCUCCUCCAAUUUCAUUAGAUGGAUCAACUACUCCUAGGAAUCUUGUUCAUGAUUUUCAAAUUCCACUUCCUCCUUGUGCUUUUCAACCUCCUUAUUAUAGAACUUGUUCUAAAAAGGGACUUGAUGAUGAUCCUUUUUUGGCAGCUUAUAAAGAGUGUACUAAGAGUAAGAAAAGUGGUAAGAGGGACAAAAAGUUGAGUAAAGGUGGUGGUGGUGGUAGUUUUUGUGAACUUAGGUCUUUUUUCUCAUGUAAGAGAUCUUGUCAUGUUUAUGACAAUAAUUUGGGUAGAAUAUCUCAUCACUCCCCACAAAACAUUGAUUGA